GGAGGAAGAAGAGGAGGAAGAAGAGGAGGAAGGAGAGACUGCCGCGCACGCGCACUCAGCGAGGCUUGCUACCAGCCUGCUCUUUUCCCGUCCUUCUCCGCGUGAGCCGCGGCGUGAAGCGCGUGCUUGGCGUCCUUGCAGCUCUUCGAUGGCUAUCCUCUUUUUCGAAGAUGACGAGGCCAGCCGUCAUUUCUUCCUGCCUUUGGUCCGUCAGGCAGUCGGUUGGGACCUGUUGCUACCUUCGUUAUUUCCUGCAAUACAGUGGAUACAGUUUGUUAUGGCUACUCUGAGUGUUAUAGGUUCAAGUUCACUUAUUGCCUAUGCUGUAUUCCAGAACAUACAGAAAUCUCCAGAGAUAAGGCCACUCGUUUAUCUGAGCUUCUCUGACCUCCUCCUGGGGAUAUACUGGCUCAUUGAGGCACUUCUCUAUGGAACUUCAGCAGCCAAUAAGGACAUCGUCUGCUAUAACUUGCAAGCAGUUGGACAGAUACUCUACAUUUCCUCAUUUUUCUACACUGUCAAUUACAUCUGGUACCUGUACAAAGAGCUGAGGAUGAAACCCCACCAGAGUGGACAGAGCACAGUUCCACUGGUUAUAGGUUAUACCUGUCGAGUUAGUCAAAUAGCCAUCAUUUUGUCAAGCCUGAUACCUCUACUAUUGAUGAUACCUGUAUUCUGUUUGGGCAAUGCCAGUGAAUGUUUCCGCAACUUCAGCCAGAGCCACAGGUGUAUCCUGAUGUACUCACCACCAACAUCCAUGGCUAAAGUCCUGCCUUCUGCCAACAUAUCAGUCUGUAGCACACUUUAUUUUUAUGGGCUUAUCAUUUUCCUGGCCAGCUUUCUACUCAGCCUCCUCACCAUUGUGGUCUUACUCAUUCAAGCCCAGACACUUUACAAGAAGUUUCUGAAAUCGACUGGCUUUCUGGGGAGUGAACAGUGGGCAGUGAUUCACAUUGUGGAGCAGCGAGUACGCUUCUACCCCGUGGCCUUCUUUUGCUGCUGGGGCCCAGCUGUCAUUCUGAUGAUCAUAAAGAUGACUAAGCCACAGGACACCAAACUUCACAUGGCCCUCUAUGUUCUCCAGGCUCUAACAGCAUCAUCUCAGGGUCUGCUCAACUGUGGAGUAUACAGCUGGACACAGUACAAGUUCUACCAACUAAAGCAAGAAGCUCGGCAUGAUGCAGACACCCAGACACCAUUAUUAUGCUCACAGAAGAGAUUCUAUAGCAGAGGCCUAGAUCCACUGGAGUCUACCAUUGCUUUUGCUACUAGCACCUCCACCAUUCUUUGAAACUGUAAAACUGGAACAUCCAGAACUGGAAUGAUUCUACACUAAUGGUUUGGGAGGAAUGUUUGGGAAGAACAUCUUAAGUCUUUUCUAACCAUGCCUUAAACUACGGAAGUGAAAGGGAGUGUAGUGCCAUGGUUAGUAGCUACUCUAGGUGAAGUGGGUGGGAUCUAAUCAUUAUUCUCUGAUUCACAAGUAAAGUCACUAUUCAGGGAGAUGAAGCCACUUUCCACCUAAGAGAUAGACUCAUUAUUUCAAUAGAUAUUAGAUUUGUCUAAGUCUCUUCUACAAAAAAUAAAUUCCAAGUUAUUAUUUAUAUAAAGUAUUUCCAGGCUCUCUACUCCAUGGUUGUGGGGGAAGUAGUGUGGCAUGCAACAACUUUCUCAGAUCUUCACAUUGCUAUUACUCUCCUUUUGGUUGUACAAAGUCCUGGGUUUACAUUUUUUGAAGAGUUUUGGAAACUCAGAAGAAGCAAGGACAGAAGCUGCCAAAAAAAGUGAUAGUAGGGGGCGCAGUGGUUAAGAAUCUGCCUGCCAAUGCAGGGGACACGGGUUCGAGCCCUGGUCAGGGAAGAUCCC